AUGACGCCCACCACCAAUCUCCGAGUCCUCGCUGUCUCCCUGCUCUCCCUCCUUACUGCCCCAAUUACCACUGUUGUGGAGACCUCUCCGUCCUUCCCUCCUCAGCACACAGACCCCUCAGGGAGGCCGUUCACAGAGGAGCCCAUGACGGUCCCCAGCCCCUCGCUCCUGCUCCUCGCCAUCCAGGCCAAUCUCAGGCCAGCUGCUCUCCAAGGCCGGACCAAGAAGGCUGAGACAUUUCCAGAGACCUCAGAGGGAGUUCUCGAGGCGCCUCCAAGGCCCCUGCCCCAGGUCAUGAUACCCAAGACUGUGACUACAGCGAACGCCCUGGCUCCUCCCUUAGGCGCAGCCCUGAUACCGCACCCUCGACCACAUCUGAUGGACGGAUGGAUGGAUGUAUGUCGGGGGUAUUACGACGUGAUGGGACACUUUGACACCGCCUUCAACUGCUCCAAGGACAGCUUCGUCGUCUGCUGCGGAACCUGCCAUUACCGGUUCUGCUGUCCAGAGCGUACCCGGCAACUGGACCAGGCCAGCUGUAGAAACUAUGACUCUCCAGACUGGGCCAAGCCACAGACGGACACCAUGGAUUUAUCAGAUGAGCUAGGUCCCGACCCAGACUUCGACCCGCUGAAGCAACAGAGCCACAACACGGGCUUCGUCAUCGGCGGCGUGAUCGUGUUCAUGGUGGCGGUCGCCGUGGGCAUCAAGGUGGUCUUCAACAAGGUGCAACAGGAGGCCAACCAGAGGGACCUCAACAUGCCCAGAGCCCUGGUGGACAUGUUGCGGCACCAGUCCAGUCCGGUUCAGCAGGAUGAGAGGAACAACAGCGUGGCUCUGACUGUGGGGGACGGACAUGGGACGCUGGGGAGACCUCCAAAAAAUCUUUAUGCCCCAGGAGUUCCCACCAAGGACAACAGAUUGGGCAAUUUGCAGCACAAUUUCAUCCAAUCGUCAGGCUUGAGUCCCAAACACACCGCAACGAUCGAGCGCACCCCGCGGAUGAACAAUGCUCAGCUGGCAGCUGGAGGCACCCUGCUCUCCAGUAAACACAACAACACCAAAUCCCAGCCGUCCUUCCACCACUCCCUGCACAACCUGGCUCAGCUGCCUCCCUCCUAUGAGAGCGCCACCAAGCCAGAGCUCAACAGAUACUCCUCGCUCAAACGCCUCGAAAAAGGUCUCGAUGAGUACUCGUCUGGUUACUGCACCACCAAGCGCCGGCCUCACACAGCCCAGCCGGCCCUCCAGUCCUCCCAGCAUCACCUCCACUGGGGCGGAGACUACACCCUAGGUGGGAGAGGAACCCUCCCCAGGCACGCAGCUCGCCCAUGGAUCCCACCGCCGCCAUCUGGUAUGCCCGCCUCACCUACCCCCAAUCCUUACCCCUUGGAUCCCCCGGAACCACAGUACAUCAACUCCAACUACGAUACUCUGUCCAAACAACCAAGAAAAGUGAAGUCCAAUGAUCAGCUGCUCAACAUGGGUGACGUCCCUGGUAACACAGGCACUCUGUCCCGGAUGUCCAAGAACCAGCAACACCAGUACUACAAAGCCAUGGUGGCCUCCAAUAAGAACUCGAACACACAGACCCUCACCCGCAAGGCCCAGGACCGGCAGGAGAGACAGGAUAGACAGGAGCGGCAUCUCAUGUCACCAGACCACAUGGAAGACAGGAUGGGGGUUGGAGGUAUGGGGGUUGGGGAUCCAUACGCCCACACAGGGGGGAACGUCCCCACGCUGCCGCGCCAGCAGAAGGCCCAGUCCCAGCAGAACGUCUGCGCCACACCCUCCCUGGACCGGCACCACAUGAUCAAGAUGAACUCUCACCCCACGUCCGGAAGAGAGCAGGAGAGGAACGCUCCGAUGACGGGCCACAUGAGCGGAGGCAUGGGCUGGGCAGGGGAGACGCCCGGGGCCGGGGUCGUCAUGGGAACGGGAACACUAGGGGGCCACAGCGCCAGGAGGAUGGCGUUUGCAGCGAAAAGGCAGAACACCAUUGAGCAGCUACAUUUCAUACCGGGUGGUGGGGGCGGCGGGGGCGGCGGGGGGUCAGCAGGAAGUGGGGGAGGCAGUCAGGGGAUCCGGACAGGGAGUAAAAACGAGGUGACGGUGUGA